GCUGAGGGCGCUGCGGGCGCUGAAGUCCGUGGUGAGGUCCCCGCCCCGGAGCCCCUCACAGCGGCUUUACCAUGAAGAUCUAUUCUCCGUAAUUUCCUGGGACAAGAGGAAGGAGAUCCGCUUAGGAAACCUGCAGGUGUACAACUUCCUGCUUCCCCCCUCCCACUCCCCACAGGUCUCAGGAGGUCGUGGUCUUUCCUCAUUUCCAGGUCCUUCUGACUGAGUGUGAGGUGAGCUGAUGAACAGGCUGCGUGGUCACCUUUGAAGGCACAUUCUGUGACUCCUCAACAUAGUGUCACCUGAGGAAACAUCUCAGAUCCCGAUCAGGACCUGGACCAAAUGGCAGCUUCUCAGGGACUGUUGACCUUCAGGGAUGUGGCCAUAGAUUUCUCUCAGGAGGAGUGGGAAUGCCUGGACCCAGCUCAGCAGAAAUUGUACCUGGAUGUGAUGGUGGAGAACUACAGCAACCUGGCCUCCCUGGCUAUGUCAUCUGAAGAUAACCAGGCCUUUAUGCCAAAUACUGCAAUACAAGAUUUAUUCUCUGAAAUAAUACUGAGUUCACAUAUUGGAGACAGAAGUUAUCAAUGGAUUGAACAUUGGAAAACCUUUAAGCAAGAGUCAUAUCUUAAUCCUCGGAGAAGCGAACUUGCAGAGGACCAUUUUGAAAGUGUAAGAGUCUGUGACCCAAGAUCCAAUCAGAAAAUACGUGAGGUUGUUCCUAUUGUGGAGAAGACACACAAAGGAAGUAAAUGUGUCCAGUCUCUUCAGCAGUCUUCAAAUGACAUUGAAAAAGAGAAUAUUCAUACAGGGGAGGAAGCUUACAAAUGGAACCAUUGUGGUACAAUCUCCAGUCAAAUAGUCAAUACAAAUAACUUGAAAAAAAUCCAUAGUGGACAAAAACCUUAUAAAUGUAAAGAUUCUGCUAAAACAUCUAAUUGGUCUUCAGGUUGUAUGUUAAAUGAGAAAGUAUAUACUGGACUGAAGCCUUACAAAUGUAAAGCAUGUGGCAAAGCCUUUAAAUGUCAUUCAUCUCUUAUUGUACAUAAGGGAAGAAUUCACACUAUUGCAGAACUUAGCAAACUCAGGGAAAAUGGAAAAGGCUUUAGUAUGUCCUCCAGACAUACUCAACAUCAUAGAAAUCACAUGGGAGAAAAGAUUUAUAAAUGUUCAGAAUGUGACAAAGCCUUUAGCUGGCCCUCAACACUUAAUAUUCAUCAGAGAAUUCAUUCUAGAGAGAAGCCUUAUAAAUGUAGAGAAUGUGGCAAAGCCUUUAGCGAUUCCUCAUCCCUUACUAAUCAUCAGAGAGUUCAUACUGAAGAGAAGCCUUACAAAUGUAGAGAAUGUGGCAAAGCCUUUAGUCGGUUCUCUCACCUUAAUACGCAUCAGAGAGUUCAUACUGGAGAGAAGCCUUAUAAUUGUAGAGAAUGUGGCAAAGCAUUCAGUGCAGCAUCAUCCCUUAAUUACCAUCUGAGAGUUCAUACUGGAGAGAAUCCUUAUAAAUGUAGAGAAUGUGGCAAAGCCUUCACUGCAUCAUCAGCCCUUACUAAGCAUCAGAGAGUUCACACAGGAGAGAAGCCUUAUGAAUGUAGAGAAUGUGGCAAAGCGUUUAGCGAGUCUUCAUCCCUUGCUAAUCACCAGAGAGUUCAUACUGAAGAGAAGCCUUACAAUUGUAGAGAAUGUGGCAAAGCCUUUAGACGGUUUUCACACCUUACUAUCCAUCAGAGAGUUCAUACUGGAGAGAAGCCUUAUAAUUGUAGAGAAUGUGGCAGAGCCUUUAGUGAUUCCUCCUCUCUUAAUAGGCAUCAGAGAGUUCAUACAGGAGAGAAGCCUUAUAAUUGUAGAGAAUGUGGCAAAGCCUUUAGCGAUUCCUCCUCUCUUAAUAGACAUCAGAAAGUUCAUACAGGAGAGAAGCCUUAUAAAUGUAGAGAAUGUGACAUAGCCUUUAGUGAGUCCUCAUCCCUUAAUCAACAUCAGAGAAUUCAUAAUGGUGAGAAGUCUUUCAAAUGUAGAGAAUGUGGCAAAGAAUUCAGUUUGGCAUUAUCUCUCAGUUGUCAUCAGAGAAUUCAUACAGGAGAGAAGCCUUAUAAAUGUAAUGAAUGUGGCAAAGCCUUUCCCUAUUACUCAUCCUUUAAUCGUCAUCAGCGUAUUCAUACUGGAGAGAAGCCUUAUAAAUGUAGAGAAUGUAGCAAAUCCUUUAGACGGUUCUCACACCUUACUACACAUCAGAGAGUUCAUACUGGAGAGAAGCCUUAUAAAUGUAGAGAAUGUGGCAAAGCCUUCAGUCAGUCCUCGUCCCUUAAUCAACAUCAGAGACUUCAUACUGGUGAGAAGUCUUUCAAAUGUACAGAAUGUGGCAAAGGAUUCCGUUUGGCAUUAUACCUUAAUUAUCAUCAGAGACUUCAUACUGGAGAGAAGCCGUAUAAAUGUAAUGAAUGUGGCAAAGACUUUAGGGAUAUCUCAUACUUUGCUAAGCAUCAGAGAAUUCAUACCGGAGAGAAGCCUUAUAAAUGUAAUGAAUGUGGCAAAGCCUUUACCCAUUACUCAUCCGUUAAGCGUCAUCAGAGUAUUCAUAUUGGAGAGAAGCCUUACAAAUGCCGAGAAUGUGGCAAAUCCUUCAGCACCUCCUCUUCCCUUACUUGUCAUGAGAGAGUUCACACUGGAGAUAAGCCUUAUAAAUGUAGAGAAUGUGAAAAAGCCUUUAGACGGUUUUCACACCUUACUAUCCAUCAGAGAGUUCACACUGGAGAGAAGCCUUAUAAAUGUAGAGAAUGUGGAAAAGCCUUUAGACGGUUUUCACACCUUACUACACAUCAGAGAGUUCACACUGGAGAGAAGCCUUAUAAAUGUAAUGAAUGUGGCAAAGCCUUUAGCCAGUCCUCAUCACUUACUUCUCAUCAAAGAGUUCACACUGGAGAGAAGCCUUAUAAAUGUAAUGAAUGUGGCAAAGCCUUUAGCCAGUCCUCAUCACUUACUUCUCAUCAAAGAGUUCACACUGGAGAGAAGCCUUAUAAAUGUAGAGAAUGUGGAAAAUCCUUUGGCUGGUCCUCAUAUCUUACUAACCAUCAGAGUGUUCACACUGGAGAAAAACCAUAUAAAUGUGGAGUAUGUGGCAAAUCCUUUGGCUGGUCCUCAGACCUUACUAAGCAUCAGAAAAUUCAUUCUGGAGAGAAGCCUUAUAAAUGUGGAGAAUGUGGCAAAGGCUUUAGCCAGUCCUCAUCCGUUACUUUUCAUCAGAGAGUUCACCAUAGAGAGUAGCCUUAUAAAUGCAGAGAAUAUAACAGCCUUUCAUCAGUGUUCCUGCCUUACUGUACAGCCGAGUU